AUGUCUGAUGAAGAUAAUAUCAGUACGUUAGCUUACACCAAGAGUCCAAAGUUCUCCAAAAGAACCACUUUUCAGGAAGAGCUACAAGAAGCACUUCUUGCUCGUGCAGCACGACAAUCUGCUGAAUAUUCAGAAGAUUUUGAGAGUGAUGAAGGAGCUACUGAUGAAGAGUUUCCUGAAACUGUGGAAAACACCCCAAAGAAAUCAGUUGGCUUUACACUACCAGUAUCCAAGUAUAAUCUUUUUAAUGGGAGCACUUUGAAAACGGAAAGUGCAAAUGACUUGUCUUCAUCAGAUGAAGAUGAGAGACCUCAAUACGUGUCCAUGCUGGAGAGAGAUGUUUUGAGCGAAGAGAGGCAAGCUAUCCCCUUUUCCUUAACUGAACAUUCUGGGUCGUGUGAAAGGAAUGCAGCAAAAAAAUCUGUUCCAUUUGAAAUAUCACUGCUAGAUCAUUCCUCUUUCAAGAAAGAAACUGAUGAUGACUUGGCCCUGCCAAAGGAUGAAGAGAGACCACAAGAAACAACCAUGCUGGAGGGUAAACAUCUAAGUGAAGAGGUGCAAGAAGAUGACUCAGUUUCUGAAGAAGGGUCAGGUUUUGAGGAAGAUCAAGAGGAUGAGGCGCCUGUGAUUGAACUGCAUUUGGAAAGGGAUGAUAUGGCUCAGGAGAAACCUGAAAUCAAGCCAGUGCCAAAACCAAGGGAAUUCAAGACCAAAACAGCAUCAGCAUCAGCUGAGAAUAUCAGCAUUCCUGCACUGUAUGAUUAUUCAAAGCCAUCUCCUCAGCCCAGGAGUGUUUUGAGAAAAAGUAGCCAUGUGGAAGACUACGAGGGAACCAAGGCAGAGGAUAGAGCAUCAUACAGCCGCAGAUCAUUUUCAUUGUCUGCACCAUCUUCUAAAACAAGCCUAAAUAAUCAAGUGUUGAAAUUUGAAAAAAGAGCACUUUCGGAAAGUCCUGGUCCUGAGGGCCCAUGGAUUACAAGCUCUGCAUCUCCAUUCCCUAUUCAUUUUUCAUCGCUGGAUGAGAGAACUGGAGAUUCCAACUUGGCAAUACCUCAUGAAGAAUCUUCAAAAGAGGAUGAACCAAAAGAAAUGGAUAACUGCAAUGAUCUCAGAUUGCAGGAGAGUGGCAGAGAGUCUCCUUCUGUGAUAGAACUUAUGAUGACAACAGUUUAUGAGAAAAAUAAGAAAGCACACAAGUCAACUGAAGAUUAUCUAGAAGAAAAGCUACAAGCGUUAGAACAUAGUGCCACUGAGGAUGGACCAAAUGUGAAAACAAAGGAUGAUAAAUCAGAACAGAAGGUCACUCUAAAUAUUUCAAAGAGUGUUCUUGGAGCUUCAAAGGAUUCAGUAAAGGAGGAAGGUGAAGAAAAAGCAUCCAUUCAGCAAAAGUCAAAAUCUUCAAUAAGCAGAUCUUUGAGCUCUACGUACUUGAAGAAAACUGGGAAGCAGUCUCCUAUCCCAACAAGUACUUCUUCUCAGUACUUAGGAACAUUAAAGGUCUUAGACAACAAGCAUUUACAAAAAUACAGUGCUGAACUUGAUAAAGCAGACAGUUUACGAGCAGCUGUUUAUCAGGACUGGUUGGAAAAGAAAAGAAUCUUCCUGUUAGAGCUACAAAGAAUAAAAAGAAACAAAGCUGAGAGCUUGCGGGAUAAAAAUGAAAAGAAAGAAGCUGCUAAAAAAGAAGAAGCACUUGCAUCCUUUGAAGCUUGGAAGGCUAUGAAACAAAGAGAAGCAAAGAAAAUGGCUGAGAAAAAAAGGUUGGAAGAGGCAAAGAAAAAGGAAGAAGCAGAACUAAAUGAAAAGAAAAAGGAAGAGGCACAAAAGGCUUUUGAGAAAUGGAAAGAAAAGAAAGCAGAGUAUUUAAAACAGCAAAUACGAAGAGAAAAAAGAAUUGAAAGGUUAAAAAAGAAGAAAGAAGAGGAGAUUGUUGCAGAGAAGAAAAAAGACAGCAGGUCUGCUGUUGAAAAAUGGAAUGAGAAAAAAGAAGAAUUCAUGAAGCAAAAGAAAAAAGAAAAAAUCCAAGAAAGGAAAAAGCAAGUAGAAGAUCUAGUUGAAAAGCAAGCAAAAGAUAAAAGAGCUAUAGAGGAAUAUGAAAAGUGGCUAGUAAGUAAGGAGAUGAAUGAAAGGAUUCAAAGCAAGCAAAAGAAGCUCCAGGUCAUUCUCGAGGAUGAAACUCCACCUCCAUGGAGCCCUCCUGGCAAAGCUGUGUCCUCAAGAAGCUAUUGA